AUGGCUGCUGAAGAUAUAACAAUGAUGGAUGAUGAUCCAUCAUACUUAUGCUCAUCAAUAUCCACUGAAUGUUCGUCAACAUCAUCGUCUUCAUCAUUUAUUGAAUGUUCAUUAUCACCAUCGUCUUCAUCAUUAACUGAAUGCUCUUCACCAUCAGCUGAUUUAUCAAAACCUACGGUUAAUAACACAGUGUCAAAUAAGCGAAGAUUGAUGUUGGACAUUGAAGGUUAUAAUUUUCAGUUCAAGGAUUUUAGUACUGACCAAACUAAGAAGUUUUGGCGAUGUGCUAAUAGAGCGUGUCGUGUAAUUGUACAUACAACUCUUGAAAAUGAAUUUAUACGUUAUGGUGGCAAAUCAUCUACUCAUUGUCAUCUACCAAAUCCAUCCGCAAGUCAAGUACGAGACUUACGAGAAGCUAUGCGAAAAAGAGCCGAAAAUGAAACAACAUCAUUACAGUUAAUAGCUGAACAAGAAGUUCGACAAGCAUUGUUAACAGGUGAAGCUUUGGCAGUUCUGCCUCGUAUUAAUGCUUUAGGUCAUAAUCUGGUGAAUCAACGUCGUAAAACAACUCCUCCAGUACCACAAUCAUCAUCUUUUUUUAUUCCAGAAUCUUUUACCAAAGAUUAUUGUGAUAAAGAUCGUCUGUUAUUGUAUGACAGUGAUGAUCCUAAGUUUCAACUGCAACAGCCAGGAUAUAUACGAUCUGAAGGAAGAAUGUUGAUUUGGUCAUCUGACAUUCAGUUGAACAUAUUAUUCAAUAGUCAAAAGCUUCACAUGGAUGGUACGUUCAGUACCACACCACCUAAUUUUAAGCAGGUAUUUAUUAUCCAAGCAUUUCUUCAUAAUACCUUGAUUCGUUCUGUUGUACGUCGAAUGAUGGCACUAGCUUUAGUACCUGAGAAAUUUGUUUCAACAUUAUUUGAUGAUCUUCAAAAUGAUUUAGAUGAAGAUGAACGUGACGAAUUAGCUCCAUUAUUCAACUACUUCAGUAGUUUUUGGUUACAACGACCUUCAAUGUGGAAUGUAUUUGAUAUUCCGAAUAGAACUAAUAACUUUAGCGAGGGGUACAACAACAGGUUCACUAAGCGCUUGGAUAAAUGGCAUCCCAACAUUUGGUAUUUCAUCGACGCCAUUCGAAAAGAGGUCGAUACCAUUCAUAGUAUGAUCGCUCAAAUAAAUAUGGGAGUAUGUCCACGUACACAGCGAUUAAUAACAAGAAUUGCCGAAGAUCGAAUAAAUGAACUAUAUGAUCGCUUCGAACACAAUACAAUUACAGUGCAAGAAUUAUUAGGAAAACUUUCUUUUUUUGUACCGAAUGAUUAA